AUGGAAGUCCCUGCGAAGCCAAAGCUACCAGAUGCGUACGCGGACCUCGAAUUGAGCCCAGAGACCACCAACGCCGAGAUAAAAGCUUCCUUCCGCCGCUUAGCUCUGCUUCACCAUCCAGACAAGAACGCGCCAGGUCAAACCGUUGAUGCGGCCGACUUCCGACGAAUUCAAGAGGCCUACGAUUUACUGAGGAAUCCAGAAGAUAAGGCGUGCUAUGACCAGUCUUACACGAGGAUACAUGCACAGUGGGCCGAUUACAAGAAGGAGGUUGAGGAAUACGAGAAGAACCCGAGGGCGUGGCGUGAGAAGAAGUUGGCAGAAAAGACCCAUGCAGACAUAGAGGCAGAGCUACGCAAGGCGCAGCAACAAGGAAACAAACCGCGAUCGCAGCCACAAUACGAAGCUAGCGACAACGAUGAUGACGAAUUCGGAUACCGCCGCGAAGAGCAGAAAUGGGAAGACUUGCUCUCUGAGCGGUUACGUCGGACUUACGAUGCCAAGGCCAAGCGCAGCGAAGAGGAGAGAAGCAAGGUAUUUGCAUUUGAAGAACCCAACAAGCGAUGUGUUGAGCGGCUAAAGCAGAAAGCCAAGGCUCAGCAGGCGCAAGGUGAUGGUAUACGUAUCGUGGAUCCAGAUACGAAGCGCGCAAUGGCCAAGACCUGGGUCGAAAGCUUACUACGCGACUACUGUCAGGAACUCAAGAAGAUCGGAUUCGGGCACUCCAGGGGACCUGUCAUAAUGGAUCUAGGCUGGGAGAGGAAGAAGGGAAGGCAGACCUGCUUGUUUUGUGAGGCAAAGGUGCAAGAAUACAGUUAUCAAUGUCCAAGUGGUGGAGCAGUUGCCUGUCGUGGCUGCAAAAAGAAGAUCGAGACGUCCUCGCUAAAGCAUCCGUUCGACUUCAACAGAACUGACUCCACGACGAAGAAGGGCAAAGACAAGAGCAAGGACGACAGCAGCAAGAAUGGGAACGACAAGAACGAGAGCAGUAAGAAGUCUGAGAAGACUAAGACUCCAACUGGCGCUUGGCCUGACUCUAAAGAAUCCGACUCAUACACCCAAGAGCAAGACCACGCAAGUGUCAAUGCAGAGCUGCGGGCUGCGGAGGAAGUUGUACGUAAGGAGGAAGCUGAGCGGCAGAAGCAAGAGCGCAAAGCCGAGGAGGCACGGCGGAGAGCAGAGCGCGAAGCAAAAGCUACGCUCGCUCGAGAAGCUGCAGAGAAGGCAGCGCAAGAGAAAGCAGCAAAGGAAAAGGCUGAAGCCGAGCAAGCUGCACGAGAUCGAGCGGCUGCACAAGAAACUGCCCGCAAAGUGGCAGAGAAAAAGAAGAAAGGUCGUGAGCAAGAGGCCAAAGCGAAGAAAGCUGCUCGGAAGAAGGCUGCAAAAGAGAGGGCUGCUCUUGAAAAAUCGUCACAAAAGAAUGCAGUUGGAGAGAAGACGCCUGUUCAAGAACUUGCCCAACAAGUACAGGACAAUGCUGAAAGUGGUACCGAGAAAGAUUCCGAAACGGAGAAUAAUACUGAACAGAGAGCAACAGAACGCGCUGAGCUGGAGGCGAAGGAGUCUGCGGCACGAGAAGCUGAAGCACAGGCUGCAGGAGAGCGUGCAGCGCGGGAAGCAGAAGAACACGCAGCACGGGAAGCCCAAAACCGGGCAGUACGAGAAGCCCAGGAGCUCGAAGAACGCGAAUCCAGCGAACGCAAUGCCGCAAUGCGCGCAACACAAGACGACACACAAGGCGCUGUAUUGAAAGCAAAAGGGAAAGCAGAGCUCGAGGUCAGAGAGAUGAUCGAGCAUGUGGCCAAAGAGACGAUCGAGCGUGUCACUAGAGAGACGGUAGAACGUGUCACCAAAGAGACCGUAGAGCGUGUUACUAGAGAGAUGGCAGAGCAACAGGCCGAGAACUUCCACAAACCAGGGGAUACGAAAGGGUCUGAGGUUAAAGACGAACUGAUGAGAGAAGAAGAACAGCAAGCUCCAACUACCCUGCCACCUGUCAAACGCUCUGUCACCAAAGUCACGGAGGUUGUACCAUCUCCAUCUGGCACUGCUACUGAGAUUGGACUGAACAUCCAAGCAACGAGCAAGCCGUCGCCGCCAACGUAUGCCCCUGCAAGGGUUAUUGUUAGACUUCCAAUGUCUCCCAAGCAGGAUGCUAAACAGACUGGAAACGAUACUAGUGAUGCGCCGCACGAUCCCGCGGUGCUUUCCGCUGACGCAUCAGCACCACAAAAGCCUCUUAAGCGCAAUAAAGCAUCGAGAACGAAGGCUUCGCGUCAAGAGCCCGGCAAAGAUCAAGGAAUGAACGGCGUUGCUACUUCGGGCCCAAGCAAGCCAGUCAAGAAGCCAAAGGUCAAGGGCCCAUUGACGUGCUACAUGUGCAACGAAGCAGGACACAAGGCGAAUAGCUGCCCUACGAAGACUAGACAUUCAAUGUUUGAGACUGUAAGGUAA